AUGGGUAACAUUGGAGGACCAAGCAAAGGGUGCAAUAGAUGCAAGCGUCUCAAAGUCAAGUGCGAUGAAGCAAGACCAGAAUGUCUUCGCUGUGAACGUGCACAGCAAAAAUGCACAGGGUAUAUUGAAACCGAGACAUUCGACGCACGAGUCAGAUACGAAACGGGCCUCGGUAAUAGGAGGGUAACGCGAAUCAGAAGAUCCAAAGAAAAGGCUUUGGAUGUCGUGGCGCCGGCACAGAAACAUGUACCACCGAAAAAAGCAUCAACGGAGAAAAAUGCCUCUUUGCUUGAAGUAGCCGUUCUGCUAUUCAAGACUGCCCAUGUGGCAUCUUAUGAUUCCCCGAAUUUUAGCUGGAACCCAUCUCAAGAUGAUUGUCUGGAACGUUUCAUAUCAAUCAUGAAUGAAUCAGAUGACGAUUCUAGUCUCAAACAGGCCAUAUCCGCUGUCUAUAAUGGAUUCUAUUCAUUUAUGUCGAAAAGCAAGGAGAUGGAGACAGCUUCAGAGACUAGUUUUGCAGCUGCUGUAUCACUCGCGCGAGCGGCGUUGGAUGAUCCGGUGGAUAGUAAAUCUGAUGCUACUCUGUUGACUGUUUUGUUGUUGUCUAUGUUUGAGAACUUCUGCAGCGUCAAGGAUUACAGAUCCCCGGCAAAGACUCAUUGGAUCGGUCUUGCACAAUUGCUUCAACACCGAGGACCGGAGUCAUUGGACAGUAGCGUUUCUCUAUUUUGUCUUCAUCAAUUCUAUUUCAGACUGGCAGCAGUAACCCUCGGUGGAGAAACAGAGACAAUGAAGGAACUACUCGAUCUCUCGAAAUCUAUCCCGCUACCUUGCAACAUGCAACCCACCAACAACCUUGCUUCAAUCGCAGAACGACUUGCUCGACUACGCUUGCAACUGGAAACCAUCAACCUCUGCUCCAGGUUCGACGUGCAACGAACCACACUCCUAAUGCAAUUAGCCCAGCAAAUUGAUGGCGACCUUAUGCGAUGGCCAGACUACGUUCCUCCGAGCUGCCACCCUAAACAGAAGGCGCUAGAUUUCUACUUGAAUUAUCCUGACUGGGAAGAUACCUACCCUUCACUAGCUGUAGCACAAGACUGGAAUCAUUACCGAUACCUGAGGAUCAUGGCUAAUAUUAUCAUAUCGCGAUGUGCGGCUGUGUUGCGUUUGUAUUCGCAGGCGGCAGCGGCGGAUCAGAUUUGUGAGCAGAUGGUGGAUGAAGUAUGUGCUUCGGUCAUCUACUACAUCGGCCGAUUGAAGCUCAAUUAUGAUGAUGAUGAUGACGACGAGCCUGAUAUUCAAAGGAAGCAAGCAGGCUGUGUUGACGAAAAAUAUGCCAUCGCUACCAUCGGUGCGAUGUUAUUGUUGCCCAAAUUACGAUGGAUUCUGCAGGCAGAGCCAUCGCUGAGACCGAAACAGAGGACAUGUUUGCAGCUGCAUGUCAAGAAGAUAUUGCAUUUUUAUAGAAUUCAUGGCGUGGAGAGUGUUGACAUAUUGGAUGAAGAAUCUUUCAGUCUAUUCUAA